UUGGAUAACAACUGUGAGCAUUUCGCAACGUUUUGCGUCACAGGAAAGAAAUUUAGUUUGCAAGUUAUCAAAGUGGAACUGGUUGCCAGGCUCUUCGUGCUAAAUGGAUUUCUUGGUUUGAGUGAUGAGAGGAAACGCAACGAAUUUCUACACGAGAGAAAACACAUUUGUAACAAAUGCUAUAAACUGAAUGAGCCCUUAGUGAACGUGUCCACGAGACCUAUUACGUCGGCAGAUGACGUAGCACCUGGUGACAUCAUCAGAUACUACUACUGGAAUUUACUCCACGAUGCAGUUGUCCUGGAAACAGAACAUUCCAACAAAACCUCCAUGAAAUGUCGAAUCGCCCAUUAUGCGUUUUGUGGUUUCUUUUCGCAUAGGACAAUUAAGGACGAGGAGGUCACGGUUCCGUUUGAUGGCAGUCAAUGUGUUCUUGAAUACAAAACAACAGACUUUGAAGUGUAUGAAGCGGAAAAGGUAGUUGCAAGGGCAAGAUCAAGAGUAGGAGAACAACGUUUUGUGUUUUUCUCAAAUGAUACCAGCCAUUUUGUGCGCUGGUGUAAGUUGCCAAGAAUAAGACGUGGAUCUUCAGGACAAAGUAACAUCGGUGACCAGGCUGACGACAAUGAUCACGAUGACGUUAUUGACCAUGAAAGUCUGAAGAUAAAUUGAUGUUGUGGGGCAAGAAUUAUCGGAUUGUUCAAACAUUCAAAAGGAUUCACUCUCAUUUUUCAUUCCUUUAUGCAGUAUGAACGCUCGGUCUAUCUGUUCCUUGGAUUUUGCGUUCGUGUUUUACAUAUGCAUCACCAAGGUCUUUCUUGCGAUACUCCGCCUACAGAGGUCACGAAAGGUCGAUCGGUUCAUGCAAAAUGAACGCAAAUUGUAUCGUUUAGAAAAUUUAGCGCGAGUGUCAAUUAAUAUGAAUUUACCAAACAUAUUUGCAAUCUCACAUAAAACGACAGUGUGUCCUCUAGUACAUGGCAAUGAUCACAAAAACAUUGUUUGGGAUCUCAUUGAGCAUCGUUGGCGUUGACAUUGUAUAUAUGUUGUAAACGAGUGUUGGCUUUAAGAUAAGCUUGACCGGUGCAAGUGGGCGUUGACAUUGUAUAUAUGUUGUAAACAAGUGUUGGCUAUAAGAUAAGCUUGACCGGUGCAAGUGGGCGUUGACAUUGUAUAUAUGUUGUAAACGAGUGUUGGCUUUAAGAUAAGCUUGACCGGUGCAAGUGGGCGUUGACAUUGUAUAUAUGUUGUAAACAAGUGUUGGCUAUAAGAUAAGCUUGACCGGUGCAAGUGGGCGUUGACAUUGUAAAUAUGUUGUAAAUGAGUGUUGGCUAUAAGAUAAGCUUGACCGGUGCAAGAGGGCGUUGACAUUGUAUAUAUGUUGUAAACGAGUGUUGGCUUUAAGAUAAGCUUGACCGGUGCAAGUGGGCGUUGACAUUUUAUAUAUGUUGUAAACGAGUAUUGGCUAUAAGAUAAACUUGACCGGUGCAAGUGGGCGUUGACAUUGUAUAUAUGUUGUAAAUGAGUGUUGGCUAUAAGAUAAGCUUGACCGGUGCAAGAGGGCGUUGACUUUGUUGCACUGUUCAUAACUGACAACGUACGUAAUGCUUUUGAGUGAUCUUCUUUAGGCUACCAAAAUGAAUGAAAUUAUGUUUAUAAUUGUUUGUUGUAAAAAUUUAUUUUAUUUAUUUAUUAAACUCAUUAUGUGCGCCUUUAACAUUCACUAUAAUAUCACAACUAAUUAGCGUUUUCGUGCAUUACAUUUUAUCAACAGAAAACUUGCUCUCUCAAAAUAAUAAAGAUCUUGACAAAUUGUUUACAUUAUUUAUCUUUUUGACACAAUGAAUGUUAUAUAUAUUGUUUGUACUCGUGCUUGUAUUUAUUAACUGUA